AUGACCAUUGAACUGAAUAUCACCACAGCAAAGCAGCCAAUGCGCAGUAAACCUGAGGAACCUCUCUCGGCUCCCAUUAAGAAGAAAGCCAAAAACUCAUCGGCUAGUAGUGGCUUCUCAUUUGAGUUUGGAGGUGGAACACAAAAAGUAAAGGCAGUUGUGGCAAGAAAACGUCCGGUAGCAACUGCAGCAAAAACAGUAUCUAAAGAUGUCAAACCUAAGGAGACAAACGAACAGCCAGCCAGACCAAAAUCUAUGGCCAUACGUAGAAAAGUUGAUACAACGGCAAAUGGCCAAUCAGUGGCAUUGAAGCGAAAAGCUCCUACGGACACAGUGAAUGAAGUGCCUAAAAAGAAUUUUGUUGUCGCUCCAAAACCCAGUAAAGAUGAUGGUGAUUCUGAUUUAGAAUCCUAUGCUCGAGUACCAAAGGCCACAGAUUUAGCUGGUGAUUUAAUGUUAAAUAUCUGCACAGCUCCGACUGGAGUAGCUGGAAAACAGCAGGUUGCUAAAUCAAAACUAACACGACAAGAACGCCUACAACAAAAACGGUCACAGCGCCAAGGAGAUGGUCCUCUUCAAAAACGUACCUUGUCCGAUCAUGAACUGAAAUCUGGUAUUAAAAAAUUCUCUAAAAAUCCAAAUCAAAAACCAAGAGCUGCUGAUCUGUUUGUACAAAAAGAACGGCAGGAACGUGAAGCCCAAAAGGCCAAAGAGGGAAAUGUGGACAAUGUCGAGGAGGAUCCUGAAUUGGGUCAUGUAGAUCCACAGGCUCGUAAAAAUAAUGCUUUUCGUGUUAAACGUCCUGGUGAUUCAAGCGUACGUAAAAUUGGCCUCUUCAAAGAUCAACCGGAAAAAGUUGAAUUGGGUCAACGUUUUGUCAAACCAAUUACAGAGAAAAUUUUCGAUAACACCAAAGUAGAGGCAUUGGAUUUACAUCCUCACACUGUGAAAAAUCUUGCUGAUAUUUUGGGCAUUACACAUUUGACUACGGUACAAAAGAAGACAAUACCAAAGGCUUUGGAGGGUAAAGAUAUUCUGGUGCGUUCUCAAACAGGUUCCGGCAAAACCUUAGCCUAUGCCUUGCCCUUAGUAGAAAAACUGCAUUCAAUACGACCAAAAAUUACCCGUGAUUGUGGUAUCCUGGCUGUUGUUAUAGUACCAACUCGAGAAUUGGCUAUACAAACCUAUGAACUAUUCCUAAAAUUAGUUAAACCUUUUACAUGGAUUGUGCCUGGUGCUUUAAUGGGUGGAGAACGUAGAAAAGCUGAAAAGGCCCGGUUACGCAAAGGUAUUAAUAUCUUAGUGGGAACGCCUGGCCGUUUGGUUGAUCAUUUACUACACACCGAAUCAUUCAAACUGAGUAAAGCUAAAUUCCUCAUACUCGAUGAAGCUGAUCGCCUUCUAGAAAUGGGUUAUGAACGUGAUGUGAAACAAAUUGUUGAGGGCAUUGAUAAACAACGUAAAGAAGAUGCAAAGGAUGGUGGUUCACCUGAACCCUUACAAAGAAUGCUACUGUCUGCCACAUUGACAUCAGCUGUACAAAAAUUGGCAGGUCUAACGUUGAAUGAUCCCAUAUUUAUUGAUAACAGUGAUGAGGAUCCUACAAAGGCCAUUAAAACCACUGAAGGUUAUAAUAAAGAAACUAUUGAAGCCAUCACUGCUGAUGUAUUAGAUGGCGAAGAUUCAACGGGUAUUUUGACAAUACCAGAAAAUUUGAAACUUAGUUAUGUUGUGGUAGCACCUAAAUUGCGUUUGGUCACACUUUCUGGGUUGUUGGCUCACGAGUUCCGCAAUAAAGAUAAAUUUAAGGCUCUCAUUUUUAUGAGCACAAUGGAAAUGGUUAAUUUCCAUCAUGAUUUGUUAAAUGAACAACUUACCCAAAAGAUUCUAGAUGAAGAUGAUGAAGAAUUGGCCAAAGAAGAUUCGGAUGAUGAUUCUGAUGAGCCACUACUGAAGGGUUUAAGAUUUUUCAGAUUACAUGGCUCCAUGUCCCAAACUGAAAGACAGGGUGUCUUCAAGGGAUUCCGUGAAUGUAAAUCGGGAGUUUUAUUGGCCACAGACGUUGUUGGUCGAGGUAUCGAUGUCCCCGAAAUCGAUUUGGUUAUACAAUAUUCACCACCUCAGAAAACGGCCGAUUUUGUACAUCGUGUAGGUCGUACGGCACGUGCUGGUCGCAAUGGUCGUGCUGUACUCUUCCUGACACCUAGUGAAGUACAAUUUGUACGAUAUUUGGAAAAUAAACGCAUUAGAAUAUCUCAAGCUGAUAUGGAUGUAUAUUUAAAGGCUCUCAAUGAUGCCGAUGAUGAAGCAAAUACUGUGCAAGAAGCCGCCUCAAAUUUACAACACAAAUUCCAAGAACUUAUAGCCGAUGAUAAGGAAAUGCAUGAAAAGGCGUGUAAAGCAUUUGUGUCAUGGACAAAAUUCUACACCACUUUCCCCAAGGAAUUGAAACCAAUUUUCAAUGUGAAAAAUGCCCAUAUGGGUCAUUUUGCCAAAAGUUUCGGUCUAAAGGAUCAACCCACGUCGUUUGUGAAGAAACAUACAAUGCCUAAGCCAGCAUUGCCCACAAAUCGUUUAACAUACACGGAAAGAGAUCCCGAGAAAAUCAAAUUGGAACGCAAGGCAAGAAAGCAUCGUUUUGGUACCACCGUAACGGGAGCCGUAAGAAAUUUGAAUCGUCCCGAACCAAAUAGAUUGGCAAAAAUGAUACCCACCUCCAGGGUAUUGACAAUAUCUGAAUUUGACAGCGGUUUACCGUCAUCUAAAAAGCGUAAACAUUAAUUGUUUAGAAUUUAAGAU